AUGGCGAGUAUCGGUGGCUCUUCUUUGGGCGAGCUCUAUUCAAAAUGCGUGCAGUUGGUGAAUGAAAACAAGAUUUCUACGAAGAAUGCUUUCGAACUCCCGCUCAUCGAGCACAUGGAUGACAUCGUGGACUCCUUCAUGGGCGGCAGAAAAACAAAAACGAAGAGCCGUCCACAGGGCACGAGAGAUCGGAAAUCCGCUCCGCCGAACCCGGAAGAGGCCGAGCUCGAGAGCAGAUUCCACGAGGCCAGCUGCACCAUCGAAGCCUCCGCUCGCAUCUAUGCUUGCCGCGUGGACUGUGUCCACACGGAUACCUACCGAGUGCUUGGAGGUUUGAACUCUGCUGACAUCGCAAACGAAGAUGGACAACCUGGCGAAGAUGGGAAGCCUACCAAGAAGAGGCGCAUCUGUGGCGUCAACACCCUGGAGAAAAACGAGGCGAACCUCGUGCAGUCCAACAUCGAGGCCGAUGAGCAGAGUGACCCGAUGUUUCGUCGCAUGGCUGCGGCCUUUGAUGCAGGAGGGGCCAAAGGACUGCUUCUCAGCCACCUGCCACUUGCCGAGGACAUGUCCCUUAUCUUCAACGGCGAUGUCAAGGUCGCAAAGGCCAAGGCUGCUGCAGAGUCUCUUUUCCGCAAGGACGGGCGUUCCUUCCCAGCGGAUUCUGUUGGCCUCGGGGAGCCAGCUGCGGCCGCAGCCAAGAUCGAGCAAUCCAGGCUAUGCCCUGAAUUGGACAGCUUUCGACGCCAGCUUUGGGGAGAAAGUUCCUUCACAAUGCCGAAAGCAUUGGAAGAGUUGCUGGGCGUCGCGGUUCUCGCAGGGCCUGGAACGUCGGAGGCCUUAGCGGCCUGCUCGCAGCCACCACCGGCGAACGCCUUCGAACCCGAAGCUGCAGAAAUGCCUGACUUUGGUCCACCAGAUGAGGACGUUUGCAGCGCCGUGGAAUCGAGUACUGCACCCUCCUCCGAGUCUCGGAAAGCUCCCACCGGCCACGCAAAUGUGGGUGGCGAGUCCCUGGUACCUCUGGGAGACAUGCAGGCAUCGCAGGUGUUGGCUGCGCCAGGGGGCUCUACAAGCAAAGCUGAUGUUGUGGCUUUCGACGAGCUCUUUCAGAAGUUCUGCGGUGCCGGAGGCUCGAAUCAGUUCGCCUACUUUGAGGAGUGUUGGUCCAAGCCGGGCCGCGGCAAAGCUGGCAAGGCCAGCAGUGCCUUAGCCGACGCACAGGAGGGCGCCCUGGCGGCAGUGCCUGAAAAGGAGGGCAGAGAGGCAAAGGAGAGGCAGCCGAAGAGGCCUCUUUUCGAUUUGGCCAACUUGGAUAAGCCAGCGAAGCCCAUUGAGACAGAGCCCGUCGCGAAGCAUCAGCUGAAUGAAAGAGCCACGCAGUGGCAGCUGCGAAAGGACGUGCCUCCGUACAUGAUCGAUCGAAUCACCAUGCCGAGUUGGCAGACCUGGUCCAAGGUGGAUUUUGCAUGCUUGGGCCUGCGUCCUCAUCUCAUGCUGAAGCUGGUCAAGAAGCCUCCUCCUUCGGGCGAGGGCCCACACGGCUUCUCCGACCUCUUUUCAACAGUGGUCGUGGAGAACACGGAGGCAUUCCCAUGGCUCGCAUCAUCGAAGCCACGCAGGGCAGAUGAUGGCGAGGAGGGAUUCACAGCUGACGCAGCGGCGGAGGAUGGCGCCGAUGACUUCGAUGGCAGUGGCCUUCCUGCCCACUUGGAUGUCGAUCCCCAGGAGCUUUUCCUGGGACCCAACGACAAGGUGCUGCCUGGCGGUGAUGACAACCUGGGUGAUGUCGGUAUGGAAGAUAUGGCCGGCUCCUUCAUGGACGGCGGACUGGAUUUCGAGCUAGCAGAGAAGCCUACCUCUGCCGAAAGCAUUGACAUUGCCUACAGUCGAAACUCCAAGUUCGUCGACGUAAAGCUGGUCAAAAAACAUCUUUGGGGCUGCCUGGAAAAGGACAUAUGCGGGCUGAAGAAGGGAAAGACGGAUGCCGAACGCCUGGCCAACGACAGCUUUCAGAACCUUAUCUCCCGAACUGUCAGUGCCAUGCCCAGAGAUGAAUGCGAGAAUCUCAGUGCCGCCGUCUGCUUCAUCUGCGCCCUGCACCUUUGCAAUGAGAAGAACUUGGAGCUCAAGACGGAUCCAUCCAAGCCAUUGGGGGACUUUGCCAUUGUGGCGCCUCCGGCUGAGUAG